UCCUUAAAAUUUUUUACUGUUUCUCAACUGUGAGUCAGCAGCAGAACCCUGUUGAACUGUUCAAUAACGGAAUAGCUUCCAGUUCACCUAUAAAAACGAGCAAUAAAGAAAAGAGAGUCAGCCAUAUCAAUAAUCUUGGAGUGUUGAACACAACAGUCAACAGUAGGAACAGUUAAAGUGUCAUUGACAAUGGCCUUUUCUAUUUUUAUCAUUUGAAUCAUACCACAGUGAAGUCAAAAUUUUGAACCCUAUUAAAUUUUAAAUUAAUUACCCCUAAAUUUUUUUUUGCCAUUUCUUUUUUCAAUGUAUUUGAUCAAGCUGGUGCAGAUUAGAUAUAAUUUUGAUAAAGUUGAAAGGUAGCUAAACCACUAAAGCACUAAAAUCAUGACUGUGGCACAGUUUUUUGGCUGUGGCAUGAUAACCUUUGGGCCUCCAUUAGUUCUAUUUAUUAUAACCAUGGCUAAAGACCCCAUUCGAGUCAUCAUGUUGGUUGCCAGUUCCUUCUUUUGGCUGCUGUCACUGCUCUUCUCAUCCAUGCUGUACAAAGUUGUGGGGCCACUGCAACCUUAUCUUGCAUUUGGCGCACUCUUCUCUGUGCUCUUCCAAGAAUUCUUCAGGUUGCUCUGGUUCAUGCUCAUACGGAAGGCAGAAGUUGGCCUCAAAAAAGUUUCUGAAGAUAAUUUGGAAAUAAUAGAAAAUAAGCACAUCUUGGCCUAUGUGUCAGGCGUGGGCUUCGGCCUGAUCUCUGGUGCGUUUGCUCUGGUCAACGUUCUUGCUGACAUGACUGGGCCUGGGACUGUUGGCCUGUAUGGUGACUCUCCGAGUUUCUUCAUCGCGACGACAUUCACAAGCCUGGCGUUCAUCUUCCUGCACGUGUGUUGGGGCGUCAUCUUCUUCGCAGCCAUGCACACUCGCCGCUACCUCCUCAUCGCCUAUGUGAUCAUGUCGCACCUGCUUGCCUCUGCUAUAACGCUGCUGAACCCUCUAUACGCGGUGACGGUGCCGCUGGUGUGGCUGGUGCUCGUGGUGACGGCCGUGAUAGCCUUGUGUGUGGCAGGCGUCUCCCCUGCGUCUGUACGCAACUCCCUCAAGUUCUCGGACAGGGCGUAUCGCGUUGACGCCGUGGAUGUGGGGGCUACAGACUCCAGGGCUCAUCUCUAACACAGUAGCACUGUUUCAAACACUAUGACACCUAGGGAGAACUAGGUUAUCAAGCUACAGACACUAGGGCGUAUCUCUAGCACUGCUUCAAACGCCAAGA